UGCACUCCCCGGUCAUCAGCGGGAAACCAAAAUGGCGAACGUGUUGGGGGAAAAUGAGCCGUUUGUUAUUUUCUGAGGAAGGCACAAGCCCCGCAAGUUUUCGCGAUAUAUUCUUGAAAUAGAUUCAACUUCAGAGGGAGCGGGAUAACAGCGGUCUCUCGUAUCCUGUUAUUUUGUUGUACGAGUCGUUUGUCGAAGCGGAGGUGACCGAAUGAGAGACUCAGGGGUUGUAGAUCACCUGUCUGUCCAUCACAGAGCUCACCCCCAGCGACAGCAGCAGGCUGUGUCCUUGUCCCCCACAAGCCUUUCUGCUCGGGGAGAGUAUGGAGAAGACGGCAUGUCUAACAGGUUUACAGAGGGACAAGACGUCUUGGCCCGGUGGUCAGAUGGCUUGUUUUACUUGGGGACAAUCACCAAGAUAGAUCGGGACAAGCAGCGAUGCUUUGUGGUUUUUGAGGAUCGGUCAAAGUCUUGGGUUCUCUGGAAGGAUAUUCAGACAGGGGAUGAAGAUGAUGAGGAUGAUGAGGAUGACGACAUUGUGUGCUCCAUAUGCCAGGAUGAAACUUCAGAGGAGCCCAAUGAGAUUGUCAUUUGUGACAAGUGUGGGCAAGGCUACCAUCAGCUGUGCCACUCCCCCAUCAUCGAUGCCUCUGUCAUUGACUCAGACGACAAGUGGCUUUGCUCAGAGUGUGAGCUCACUUCUAUACCGAAGAGGGGGGUUGCACACAGGAGGGGAGCGUCUGCUAGAGGCUUCCUGCAGCACGAGCAACAGCAGCAGCACAUGGAGCUGCACCUGUCCUUCCCGUACGCUCUGGAGGAACUGGUGUGGGACCAGGGCCACAAGACAAACAUCCAGCAGUGCUACUGCUACUGUGGGGGCCCAGGAGAUUGGUACCUGAAGAUGCUGCAGUGUAACAGGUGUCAGCAGUGGUUCCACGAGGCCUGUCUCCAUUGCUUGCAGAUGCCCAUGCUCUACGGAGAUAGGUUUUACCUGUUUAUUUGUUCUGUUUGCAACGGUGGACCAGAGUACCUCAGCCGACUGCCUCUCAGAUGGGGGGAUGUGACACACCUGAGCCUGUACAACCUGAGUGUGAUCCACAAGAAGAAGUACUUUGACUCUGAGAUGCACCUGAUGACUUACAUCAAUGAUAACUGGGAGCUGCUGCAGCUGGGGGAGCUCACCAACACUCCGAGAUCAGAGCGAUAUGAAUGUGUUCUGGAGGCACUGAACAACAACAAGAGCAUGUUCAUGUCAGGGAAGGAGGUAAAGAAAAAGAAGCACUUGUUUGGGCUGAGGAUCCGUUUCCCUCCUGCUCCCCCCAACUCUGAUGAGCCAACCAGCAGAGUGAUGGAGAGGGCUUCACAUGAGAUCACCAUUAAGGGAUGCAAGUCCGCCAAAGCCCUACCUGGAAUGAGAACUUGCAGCACUCUAACCAAUGGCACAGAGAAGAAGAAGAAGAAGAAAAAGAAGAAAAAGAGGAAGCAAGGAGCACGGUCUCUGGAGACUCUGGCUAAACGACAACGUUCCAGUGAACUCUUAUCCCAGGAAAUAAGAAGGCCUCUACCACUAGAGACCCAUACAUUGGAUCACUUAACCUCUAUCAAGAGUGACCGGUCUCUGCUGUCCUCAGAUGUGGAAUCCAUAGGAGCCCUGAGCACCACAGAAACUACCUCAACUAGCAUUUCAAGACAGUCCAGCCUCUGUAGCUCCAGCAAGACACGCACGGCAGCCUGCAUCAUGCCUGUGUCCUCUCCACCCUUAAAAAGGAAACGUGGGCGGCCACGACGGGCCCUGCAGCCCCCCAACCCAGAGAUCCCUCCUCCUAGCCAUGCAGACCCAAACCCCUCUGCUACAGAGGUGCUGAGCCCACUCCCAGGGCUUCACUCCACAGACAUAGUUCAUGGCAUGGACCCCAACAGCCAGCUCUCCCACCUCAAGAGCUCCAUCAGCAGCUAUUUCGGAGCAGCAGGGCGGCUGGCUUGCGGGGAAAAGUACAAAGUCCUGGCGCGACGGGUCACCCUUGAUGGCAAGGUGCAGUACCUGGUGGAAUGGGAGGGAGUCACUGCCUCCUAGACUUGUCUUUGUCAUCAUCACUUCUAACUUCUAACCAGCACCUACAAGAGGUUUAUGGCUGUGUCACGGACGUUGUCUACACAGGCUGUAUUCAGAGCAUUAAUUGAUAUAUGCCUUCGUUUAGUUUAUACAGGAGCAAGUUUUCCCUGUUAAGCUUACUGUAAAGCCUACUGGUUCAGUGCAGUCCAGUGUGAUUAUAGCACAUUCAAACAUGCCGGGUCCUCGUGUUUAAAGAUUACAGUUCAUUAAUAAAGACAAGGAAUUGUCAUUAUACCACACCGUAUUUGUGUUAUUCUGCUUUGAAGUUUCAUUAUCUGCUUUGAAUGUUUACAGAAUCCCCAUUUAUUCAGGGGCAAAUAAUUAAUCAGUGCACUGCACCUGUAGGCUUUCGGUGAAUUGUUAUUGUGCUUGGUUUUUAAUCCAGUGAUAUGCUUUUCAUUUUCAGACCAUUUGAGUAUGAAUCUGUAAUUUUUUUUUGACAGAAUGUAGUUGGUCAUGCAUUAAAUGGUGAAUCUUGGAGGAUAAGAGAAAGAGGGGAGGUUUUGUUCAAAUCUUCAUGAGUUUCACUACUUUUCUCAUGCAGUGAACAUUUAUUUUCUUACCAGAUUUGGUAAAUAAAUGCUUGUCCCUUUACAACCAUGUCCCCUCCUUCUCUAGUCCCAGCUAUGAGUACCUCUCGUUGCCUUGGGCAGACAUAUCCUUCAGUUGCAUUUUGGAAAGUGUGCUCAUUUGUGAGCAGUUAAGGAGGAACUCAAAAGUGAUGUGCUGCUGCAAAUGUUUAUUAUUUUAUAUAGAAUUAUACUACAUUUAUUAUUCCCUUUUCCACUCAUUCUUUCUCAUGUCUUUUUCUGUUCAGCAGGGCAGAUUUCUGAUUUUCUUCUCUUUUUUUAAUUAGGGAUUGCACAUAUCAAAUUAUGUCCGAUAGGUCGUCAUCUCAUUUUGAGCAGGUAAUUUGGCCUUUUUGGCUCAUAGGGCAGCAUGUUCAUUCAUGGUAAAGUUCUUUAAAUACUUUUUUUAAUCUUUGUCAUAACUGCUUAAAUUUAAGUGGGAGGUUUUGAAAAAUAGCAUCCCCAAAUAAAAUGUGAUUUCAGUGCAAACCCAGGAGGACUCUGAGUAAUGUAAAACAUUUUGAUUUAAAAUUGAUAAAAUGUCUGUUAACGUUGAAAUCUUUAAGGACCUAUUUAGUUUUUACUUUGCCUGAUAGUUAUUCAAGAAAAAUAAAGUGGAUGUACCACCCAGUUCUCACACCAAGAGUUCAGAAUUGUUCUGCUUUUUGUGCUGCCUAUGCAAGUAGUCCCAGAUAAAGGUGUUCAGCCAUAUAGUUGGACCAUUUAGCUUGACAAAGGGGAGCUCCAGCAUUAUUAUUGUGAUGAUUUGACUCUGUCCUAACAUUUAUCAUAUGACAGGUCUAAAAAAAGAAUAAGAGAAAAGAAAAGCUGCACUUGGAAUUUUGCUUUUACAGUCAAGAUCACCUUGUAGUUUACACACUCAGGAUAUGCCCAAAAACUUCACUGUAUUGUAUAGGCUUGCAUUUGCAGCUUGACAGGAGACAAGGAUGUAAGUUAUUCACAUAGUGUUGUUGGUCAGUAUUUUAUAUCAGGUGCUCCUUUGUCACAUUUCUUUUGACAAAAUGUAUGCAUGUAUGCUUUUUUUUUCUAUGAGCAAAAUAAUUUGUGGUCUGUUUUUACUGCUACACUCCCUUGUUUAAACUGAGUCAGAAAACAAUCACUGGAAAAACUAAUAUGCUGUAUGUCAUUGCAAGAGGUAAAUAUUCAGUUAGUAUGGCUGUCUCUUUUUCGAGAUGUUUGUUUUUGUUCAAAUGGACAGACCUUUUUGACAUUGAUACCUCUUCAUUGUACAGAUGUAGUCCGUGCAUUUGAAGCUUCUCUCCUCUGUUCAGCCAGUGUCUAAGCCUACAUGUUGCUACCACUGGCUUCCAGCAGGCUUCUGUAGCCAAAGAAUAUACAUGUAACGUCUGCUUUGUCUCUUGAGAUUCUUCUUAUUACAUUUUUAUACAUGAUUAUAUAGGUUGACGUGUUACUUCUGAACUUGUUUAGUUAAAGGAUAAAUAAAA